GUAAGGAGCAACGCCCCAAAUGCCGUGGCCGCUUGCUCGGCCGGUUCAGUUCAGCGGCGCCGUCGUGCCUCGACGACGGCGGAAGACGCCGCAGGCAGGUGAGACGGGCGGUGACUAGCGACCGCGUAGGCCGGCGUCGGGGUAGGGUGCGUCGGCGCGCGGGACUGCGACUUCGUGGGGAUUGAUUCUCGUCGCUGUUCUCUCUUCUUCUUCUCCGGCCGCGUCCGCGCGGGAUCGAGAGGUAGGGUUUGGGCCCCAACGUUCGUGUCUUUGGGGACAGCACCAGCGGCUGUGGCGGCGAUGGACUACACCAACGCCAUCCACAUCAUCCCGGACGCGGCGGGUCCCGACGCCUGGACCAACGCGGCGCCGUCCACGGGCGGGGAUGCCGCCAUCUGGGCCACCGAGGACGACUACCGCCAGUGGAACGCAGACCCGGGCUACGGCGACCGGAACCCGUCCUCGCGGGCGGGGAGCGAGCAGCCGCCGCCAGGCAAGAAGGCUCGCGGCGGGGCCGGGGCCGGGGGCGGGGGUGGGGGCGGGGGCGGCAGCGAUGGCGGGAGCGGGAGCAGCACUAGUAAAUCGCGCGCCAUCGGGAAGAUGUUCUUCAAGACCAAGCUCUGCUGCAAGUUCCGCGCCGGGACCUGCCCCUACGUCACCAACUGCAACUUUGCGCACGGCAUGGAGGAGCUCCGCAAGCCACCGCCCAACUGGCAGGAGAUCGUGGCCGCCCAUGAGGAGGCCACGGAGCAGCGGGAGGAGCACCAGAUCCCCAUCAUGACCUCGGGAAGUGUCGUCGCUGGAGACGGCGGCGGCGGCGGCAGCUCGCAAGGGGGCAGGGCGUACAAGGGUCGACACUGCAAGAAGUUCUACACUGAAGAGGGCUGCCCCUAUGGUGACGCGUGCACCUUCCUGCACGAUGAGCAGUCCAAGGCGCGGGAGAGCGUGGCCAUCAGUCUCUCGCCCACGGUUGGCGCUGGGGGAUACAAUGCUGCUGCCUCUGCCAAUGGAGUGAUGGUGCAGAAGCCAUCCAACUGGAAGACCAGGAUCUGUAACAAGUGGGAGAUGACUGGAUACUGUCCAUUUGGGAGCAAAUGCCACUUUGCUCAUGGUUCUGCUGCUAUAACUGCAGAACUUCACAAGUAUGGAGGGGGCCUCAUGGACGUAGAUGGCAGGGAUAUCGCGUCUACUCCGGACUCGAAGCAAGCUGGUGCUUCUACUAAAGCUCCCGCUGACUCUGCUGCUGCAUCCACUGCAAUGCCUCCUCAUGCAGACGUGUACCAUCUCGGCAUCCAGUCACAGCGCUCCACCAUCGUCAGCCAGAGAUCUGGACAGCUGCAAAGGCCCAUUCAGAAAUGGAAGGGCCCUGACAAGAUCAGCAGGAUCUAUGGUGAUUGGAUAGAUGAGAAUGAGUAGGAAGGAUCUAUGUUAGGCCGCGAAGGGAGGCUGUUAGUAUCUGUGUGACUCCGCGUCAGCUGGUGAAGGUUUACCAGGCAUAGAAACCUUGUCUUGACACAAUGCAGGGUGUUUGUCUUAUGUUAUGUUUCUGCGUGCCCUGCUGUUGUCUCUGUUGUAAGCAUGCUUAACAGCUUAAGUCAAGAUCAACUUUGCAAGACCUAAAUUGGGAAGGUAUAAACUGCUGGAACAUAUGGUCACUUUCAUC